AAAGAAUGGCGAGUAUAACUGUCUAAUGAAGGGUAGAGAAGAGGACACGAAUGAUAAGAAAGAGCAUAAAAUUAGAUUAAAAAAGAAUCCCAAUUUAUUAAAGAAAGAGAAAAAAAUCCAGGUGGCAUACAUCCCAUAUAAUUGUGAUUAAGGGAUAUUAAUUGAACGGGUAAGAUUAAGUUAUAAAGAUAUAAUAAAUGAUAUCAAAAGCACGUGAUUCCACAAAUAAAACCCGAUGAGAAGAACAAUCAAUUAUGAAUAGGCUUACAGUUUCUUCUUCAGAGAGAUAGAAACAUAAAAAUUAGGAGAGAUGGUGUUAAAGCUUGCGGCAACUCCGUUCACGUACGUGGCACACGUGUUGGGAAUCGUAGGACUUGUUCUAGUGCUGGUUUGGACUAUACACUUCAGAGGUGGCUUGGCAUGGGAUGCUUCCAACAAGAACCUCAUCUUCAAUCUCCACCCUCUUCUCAUGCUAUUUGGCUUCAUUGUACUCGGAGGUGAAGCUAUAAUAAGUUAUAAAUCACUUCCUUUGACGAAGGAGGUGAAGAAAUUAGUUCACCUAGUACUCCAUGCACUUGCCUUGGGACUAGGCAUUAUUGGCAUAUACACAGCAUUUAAGUAUCACAAUGAGAGUGGCAUUGCUAAUCUCUACAGUUUGCACUCCUGGCUUGGUAUUGGUGUUAUUGUACUCUACGCUAUUCAGUGGAUAUACGGGUUCGUGACAUUCUUCUACCCUGGAGGGUCCAGUGGGCUUAGGAGUGAGUCUCUACCAUGGCAUGUGUUCUUUGGGCUUUUUGUAUACAUAUUGGCUUUGGGCACUGCUGCAUUGGGCUUUUUAGAAAAGCUGACAUUCCUUGAGUCUGGUGGAGUUGAAAAAUAUGGGUCUGAGGCCUUCUUAGUUAACUUCACUGCUAUUGUCACUGUUUUAUUUGGAGCUUUUGUUAUAUUAUCUGUUUCUUCUCAAGGUCCACCACAAGAAGAUGAAUAUAGCUAUUCAGCUAUAUAAAUAAAUAUAUUAUCCUUAUUAUUAUGCUCAUUUUCUUGUUAAUGUAGCACUACUAGCUAAGACAGUUGUCAUAUCCUUCUUUCUCUUAAAGUACAUAAAUGUUGAUUAUUUAUUUUUAAUUAUAUUUGUAUUAAAGACUGUAAUCAAACUUCAAAUGAGUAACUCACUUGAAUAUGAUCAUAUAUGUAUUAUAUAAUUUUAUAUUUUUAUA